UCAGGUACCAGGGCAAAUGCAAUGCAUUUCCAGGCAUUCCUGUUGGAUGGACUGGUGAGGUGGAACGAGGACCGUGCGCAGACAGCAGUGGAGGGAAAGAACAGGCAGCCCCUGCUCUCCUACAGUGGCCACCUGCAGCACAUCCUUAACCUUAGCAGCCAAAAAGUGCUUGGCAAGGAACAGCGUAAGGACUACACCAAGCCUAGCAAGUACACGGGGGAACUCCUCGGAGUGGAGUACCUGUACUCGCAGACUGGCAGAGUGCUGCAGGAUGUCAGCGCGGACCCUGACCUUCCGGAAGAGGCAGCCGCCGUUGUGCAGCUCGACGAGGAGGACGAGGGCUUUCAGGAGGAUGUGGACCAGACAGUCCACAUCUCUCAUGUCACUCCCAUGAUCGCCCCGUCCUCCAGCUCAGCGGCACCUCUGUCAGGGGAACCCGCUGACGCACCCAGGUCUGGGCCAUCCAGUCCCACCGCCCCUGAAGACGGAAGCUCUCCUGAGGCCCCUGAUCAACACGGUUCUCCUCACCCUGAACACUCCUCUGAUUCAGAGGGGGAGACUCAAGGCCCUGAUGCUUGCCAGGGCCUUGGUGGAGGUGAGGAGCCGUCAGGGGCUGUCGGACCGCAGGGUAGACGGUCUGGUGGCGCUGUGGCUGGCGCUGCCAGACUUUGACAAGCAACGUUUGAUCUACCCUGCCCGACACCAGGAGAGGAUCGUUCAAGGGCGGUUCAAGGCAUCGAAGGGGAAGUCGUCCAUUAUCCUAGGAAAAGACUCUCUCCAACGGUAUGUUGUUAGUGUUCAUGUCCUCCACCUUACUAUUAUAUUGCCUGCCUUUACAUUAAGGUUCAUCAUUUUUCAAUGUUCUCUAAUUAUUUAUCUCCUCUGUUUCAGUUGCCUUCUCGGACUCAACUCGGGCCCUGCCAAUUGGCCGGGCACCAGCCGUUUGGUGGAGGCAAUUUGCAGUCAGCUCUGCCAAAUCCAUCCCAGCGCCACGCAGUCUGCCGGCGUCAAAAAGAGCAGGUGGGCGCUCAUUCUGGCAGACUACGUGGCCAUCAGGGAGGCAGUGCUGAACAGCCCGAGGUUGAUGGCCCAGACCAACCUUCAGCUCUUUGAGCUGAAUCAAAGGACCAUCAGUCAGUGGUAAGACAUUAACUUAUGGAAGACUUGUUACAUAAAGCCAUGUGACUAAUGACAAUCUGAGUGACAGCUUGCGUUUGUUUUCUCUACCUGUUUCAGGUACUCUCGGCGUCAGAAGGAGAGGGAGAGGAUGGUGCUGCAGCAGGGAUUGGGGCUCGCUGUUG